CGAAUAUUCGUCCCGGUGUGUAUGGGCCUUGAGACACUGAAGUGCUGAGCUCUGACAGCCAAGUUACACUUGGUAGCAGGUCAGACCAGUUUCUGAGGUGGCAAGAGGGAUAAAAGAACAGGUACUGACAGUGGUGAGGGCUCUGAGUGCCAGCAAUCACAGAAUGCAACAGCUGAGACUUUUAGGGAGGGAGACGACAGAUAUAGUGGAAGAGACAGGCAUCAUCUGCAUGAUAGAAACCUCCGAGUUCAAACUGUGAUGGAGAAAAAAAGGAAAUAAAAAAAUAGUUAAUUUUAUUUUCCUUGGGUCUAAUUCAACUCUUAUCUCAUUUAGAGAGUCCAAGAAAAAAAUGAAAUGAGUGAUAUGAAUAAUUAUAAACUCAAGCAAAAGAGCUGAUCAAGAGUUCACUGCCUGGUCUGUGUCUCCCUGUGCCGGUCCCCAGGUCAGAUAAAAAAUACAGGGUUGUGUUAGGUUGUGCAUCCAGGAUAAAAAGUCAUUUGAUAGAUGCAUGCUUCACUUUUCGUUUUGGUCUCUAGUCAAACUGCCGGAAUCAAAAUAACUCAUUUCUGCACAUACCAGCAAAAUCUUGUUUUGUUGCACUUUUCUUUUGGUUAACACUUUGAGGCCAUCUUUCACUGCACUCAGCAGCCUCUAUAUUUUGACAUAAUUAACUCCUUGUUUUCCUCACAUCUCACCCCCCUCUAAUGGAUCAGAUCAAACGUCAUAAAUUAACAACGAUGCUCUUUAGGGAUCUACCCAACAGCCACUUAAUAUUUUCAUCCACUUCCACAAAAAAGUAUUCAGAUGAUGCAACAUCCACUUAAAUUAUUACUUGGAUAUAAUCGAUCUCUACUCAAAAGCACAAAAGCUGAAAUGUUCUGAUAUGCACCACCCCUUUUAAACCUGAUUCCAUCCAACUAAUAGAAUAAUUACACCAUCUUUCCCUUUUUUCAGGUUAAGAGUGUGGGUAUUAUCCUCACUAACACCUUCUCCUUCACAGCUCCUGUAGGCAUCAGCUGCUCAAACUAUUUUCAUCUUCCUUAUAUCAGUUGUCUAAAGAUCUGCAGCUCAGCAGCUCUUGUCAUGGCCUCAUCACAGCCUAUCUGGGUAACUCUAACAUUCUUUUUUUGUCUGCAGAAAAAAUCCUUUCAAAAAUCUUAAACCAUCUCCAAAACCCCUUUUAACCAGUAUUUAAUUAUUAUUCGAAAGCUGCUACAGAUUCAUCUUCAGGUUGUGUUUAAAGAUGAUAGUUUACAUCUUUUGAUGUGGUUCUGAAGCACAGGCUGUGGCUUGCUCUUUUAAAUCCAACUACUUCAUCAAGUUAAAUAAUUAAAUCCAAAUAAUAUAUCAUAGUUAAACGUUUUGUAUCUAGUUUUUUAACAUCUGGUACCUGCUAAAUAAAAAAAACCAUUCAAAUUAAAGAACAUAUAACUGAAAAUACCAGGCUUUAGCAGACAAACGCUCCCGCGAAAGCCUAAUUUCCGAUAGUCCUGAAGGCAUCGUCGUCGAGCAUGACGGAAGGGGGAACCCCGGUGGAAUGACGUAGAUAAGCAGCCAGAGAGGUGAAUCCCCAUCCACUCUUCAGACACCAUAAAGCAGCAUCACUUCUCUUUGUUUGUUUUUUGUAAACGCACGCGGCGCAGCUGAGAGCAGCUGCAGCUCCGCCGUCUGCGCAGCUGCAUCCGCUUUUACGGAGCUUGGAAGCGCGUCUUUGGUAAAAUAGCCGCACAAAGGAAAGGCAGAGGGGGCGUGCUUGAAAAAAGUGACUGAUUUCCGACAGCUCAGAUCUGAACACCUGCAGCUCCGAUCCUUUAUCUCGGACAGGUGCGCGCGCGCCUUCAUUAAAAGCGCUUCCUGCUUUUCCUGUCGCUUCCAUCCGUGACGCGUCUCACCCCGAGGGCGUCACCUGUUUACAACCUGCUCCCAGGAUCGACUGAGGAUUCAAAUCCACAUCCUGUUGUUUAUCCGUAAGUUUGGGCUCCACCGAACCCCAUAAGAACAGGUGCGCUUUCCUAAUUAUCACGUGAGGAGAAAGGGUUAAAGGAGGCGCAGAAAGGCGCUGGAAGAGCUGAAGUCAUCCGGCAGAGAGGAGGCGGGGAGACACACAGCUCCAAAAAACACGCAUCCCGGACAUCCAUGCUGGUUCAGUUGCGCGCAGCCGCUUUUAACUGACAUUUGCGUGUCAGGAAGCGAGGCAGAAUGAGGAAUAAAACCGCGCAGCCGUAACUAACUCCUAAUCCAGAAUGAAGAUGAUAGAUCAACGGAGCUUCAGAGUUCUUGAGACGAGCUGUGGAAACGGAACCGUCAUCCACUUCUCUGCCAGCCGGGAACCUGAAAGCUGGUGCCAGCUCCCGUCUUUGCGCACGGCGCGCCUCCUUUAUGAAAUUAUCCUCUCCAUCUUCUAGACCUUCUCCAAGCAGACGCUCCGGGAAACUUCAGGAAAAGGACCUUUCUGGAUUACUGCCAUCGUUCAGUCAACACGGAGCGCGGAGUGUGCGCUCGGCUGGAAAAUUCUCCAAAUUAUUCUUUUGAAAGUUAAAGAAUACGUACAAAGUCCCGAGGGGUCAGGGGACGCAACAUGCCGGUCCGGAGGGGUCAUGUCGCCCCGCAGAACACCUUCCUGGACACCAUUAUCAGGAAAUUUGACAGUCAAAGUCGUAAGUUUAUCAUUGCCAAUGCAAGAGUGGAGAACUGCGCCAUCAUCUUCUGCAACGAUGGCUUCUGCCACAUGUGUGGUUACUCGCGGGCAGAGAUCAUGCAGAAGCCGUGCACCUGUAACUUCCUGUACGGACCUGAAACCAAGCGGCUGGCCAUUGCCCAGAUGGCUCAGGCCCUGCUGGGCUCCGAGGAGAGGAAAGUGGAGAUCAACCUGUACCACAAAGACGGGCAGUGUUUCCCGUGCAUGGUGGACGUGGUACCAGUGAAGAACGAGGAUGGCGUAGUGAUCAUGUUCAUACUGAAUUUUGAGGUCAUGACUGAGGAAACUCUCCACAACCGCAAACAGGAGCUGAACCAUCGGCUGCCCACUUGGCUUGUGACAGGUCGUCCAAGAGGCUUCAAGUUGCGUCUGCCUCCACUGCGCUCCCUGUCCAACAGUAAAGUGUCCUUGGAUGAUGCAGAGACCGGUCGCAUCCCCACCGCCACGCCUCUACCCCUGCAUUCAGACCACCCCAGCCCGGAGUCCUUAGGCCUAGGGGAGUUCAUGCCACUGCCAUCAUUAUCAACCGACCGACAGGAACAACUCAGCGGAAACAGAUCAACCCUCCAGAGCUGCCGAGAAGAACAGCAGGAGGAUCAGUGCACUUUACUGUGCUCUGAGCCUCUCGUACCACCCCCUCCCCCCCUUCCUCACCUGGUUGGCCCUCUGAACCAGUCCUCCCCGUUCAUAGCGCCCCACCAUCGGCUCAGCCUCAACCCAGACGGCUCGGGCUCCAACUGCUCCCUUUCGCAUAGCCGCUCGCGGGAAAGCUUCUACAGCAUGCGUCGCGCCUCCUCCGUGGACGAGAUCGAGGCCAUGAGGCCAGAGUGGGACCGGAAGAACAGGAGGGGCAGCAUCCGGCCGGCCAGCAGCAGCACCGGUGCUGUGAACAGCAAGUCAAACAUGCUGAACUCCACCUCCGACUCUGACUUGAUGCGCUACCGUGCAAUUUCAAAAAUCCCUCAGAUAACCCUUAACUUUGUGGAUUUCAAACCUGAUCCACUCAUCGCCCUGCCCUCUGGGGAGAUGGACAUUAUCGCCCCCUGCAAGCUCAUUGACCGGACGCACAACGUUACAGAGAAAGUCACACAGGUGCUGUCUCUGGGUGCAGACGUGUUACCAGAGUACAAACUUCAAGCACCGCGCAUCCACAAGUGGACGGUGUUGCACUACAGCCCCUUCAAGGCAGUGUGGGACUGGCUGAUCCUGCUGCUGGUUAUUUACACUGCCAUCCUGACACCUUACUCAGCUGCAUUCCUCCUUAAUGACCAGGAGGAGGCAGCCAUGCAAAGCUGUGGUUACUCUUGCUCUCCUCUCAAUGUGGUGGACCUCAUCGUGGACAUCAUGUUCAUCAUUGACAUUCUCAUCAACUUCAGGACAACAUAUGUGAACUCCAACGAUGAGGUGGUGAGCCACCCGGUUCGCAUUGCUGUUCACUAUUUCAAAGGCUGGUUCCUCAUUGACAUGGUGGCCGCAAUUCCCUUUGACCUGCUAAUCUAUCGUAAUAGCGAGGAGACCACUACUCUGAUCGGUCUGCUGAAAACUGCCCGCCUCCUGCGUCUGGUUCGUGUCGCCAGAAAGUUGGACCGCUACUCGGAGUACGGUGCUGCCGUCCUUUUCCUUCUCAUGUGCACCUUUGCUCUCAUUGCUCACUGGCUGGCAUGCAUCUGGUAUGCAAUAGGCAACGUGGAGAGAAAUGGCUCUAUAGGCUGGCUCCACACUUUGGGUGACCAAUUGGGAAAACACUUUAAUGACUCUAUCCCAGGUUCAGGACCUUCAAUCAACGACAAGUACGUCACUGCUCUGUACUUCACCUUCAGCAGUCUGACCAGCGUGGGAUUCGGGAAUGUGUCUCCAAACACCAACUCUGAGAAGAUUUUCUCUAUCUGUGUCAUGCUUAUUGGAUCUCUGAUGUACGCCAGCAUCUUUGGGAACGUGUCAGCUAUCAUCCAGCGACUUUACUCAGGAACAGCCCGCUACCACACGCAGAUGCUCCGAGUCCGGGAGUUCAUCCGCUUCCACCAGAUUCCCAAUCCUCUCCGGCAGAGGCUGGAGGAGUACUUUCAGCAUGCCUGGUCCUACACCAACGGCAUUGACAUGAAUGCGGUGCUGAAGGGAUUUCCUGAGUGUCUCCAGGCGGAUAUCUGCCUCCACCUGAACAGAACCCUUUUGCAGAACUGCAAGGCUUUUAAAGGUUCUUCCAAAGGUUGUCUCCGGGCUCUAGCCAUGAAGUUCAAGACCACUCACGCACCGCCGGGUGACACGCUGGUCCAUGCGGGGGAUGUCCUCACAGCCCUUUACUUCAUAUCCAGAGGAUCCAUAGAGAUAUUAAGAGGCGAUGUUGUGGUGGCUAUCUUAGGGAAGAAUGAUAUCUUUGGGGAGCCCAUCAACCUCUACACUCGCCCAGGCAAGUCCAACGCUGAUGUCAGAGCUCUAACGUACUGUGACCUCCAUAAAAUCCUACGGGAGGAUGUUCUGGAGGUGCUGGACAUGUAUCCAGAGUUUGCAGAUCACUUUUGGAACAACCUGGAAAUUACCUUCAACCUAAGAGAUACCAACAUGAUCCCCGGUUCUCCCAGCAGUGAUGAUUCCACCUGUGGAGGGUUCAACAAACUACGAAGACGGAAGUUAUCAUUCCGCAGAAGAACGGAAAAGGAUGAUGCAGAUGCUGGGGAAAUAAAGAAGUCACACAAGUCUAGGAGAAGACAGCGGGAUGCAACAAACAACCAAAAGGACAGAGAGGAGAUACCUAAAAAACAAUGGGCAGGAAUGCGGGGCUCAGUCUCUACACACUCAAGUGGCGAUGAGGGGGAGGAGUCAGUCAUCAGCAGCCUUGCUCCACCUGCUAUAAUGGAGACUCCUAAAACUCUGGCCCCGCCCUUAAACUUCAACGAGACCACAGAAGGUGAUAGAGAUCCCAAGACUGGGAACACUUGCAACGCACUGUCAGGUGCGUUGUCUGGGGUGUCCAACAUCUUUAGCUUCUGGGGAGAAAGCCGAGGGGCCGGUCAGUACCAAGAAGUCGCCAGCUGCAGCCUGGUCUCCCCACCACUGGCCAACACACCCCUGCAUAGCCUGAGCCGACACCAACGCAGCCAGCUGGACUCGCGACUGGACCUGCUCCAGAAACAGCUCAACAGGUUGGAGAGUCGCAUGUCUGCAGACAUUAGCGUCAUCAUGCAACUGCUGCAGAGACAGAUGGCCCUGGUCCCCCCAGCAUAUAGCGCUGUGUCUUCUCCACAUCAGUCCUCAUUGUUUCCUGGUCCCGGUCCAAGACAAGGUCAAGGGGAAAGGGCAGCCCUAUCUGUUGCACCUCUGCAGACAGAUGAUCUGACCUCACUGUCACAGAUUUUGAAUUCCCAGGAUUUUGAAGAAUUCCCAUUGAAGCCGUUGGAUUGUGCACAGGGACGGGACUCCGUAAUCACGAGCAGCCAGGACCAGCCCGGGACCUCUGGUUUAAAGAGCCUGCGGCAUGAUCUGGAGACGGAGCUGGGACUGGGUGCCGGCUCUGGCAUUGUAUCAGGGCCAAGCGUAGAUCCAAGUUCAGAUUUAGGUUUAGAAUUUGGAUAUGAGGCAGAAGAAGAAUCAAGUUUAGGAGCAGGAUUAGACUUUGCUUCAGGAGUUUGUCCAUCUGCUGGGGCUGACUUGACACCUGCAGAUCCUGAAAUCCAAAGAAGAGGGUCACUCCAAGAUGCACAGAUGCUUUUGCAUUCAAGGAUACCAGAGAAACACAGCUCUGACACAGCGGGAAGCUAAGAAAGAUUUGGCAAAAGUGGGUAAGAGUAGGGUAAAAGAGGGUAUGGGAGAGGCUCUGUCCAUUUUCUACUUUCCAAGUGACACAUUGAAGAGGAGGAGACACCUUCUUUAUCUACCUUUGGCCACAGGGUGAACUGAGCUACUGCAUCUCUCUUCAGACUGAUGAAAGUUGGACAAGGAUCUCUCCUCCCUUUCCCUCUUUCUUGGUGUCUCAUUUUAAAUUCAUCUGGAGCUUUUUGACCUCCACGGCAGUUCAACCUUUAACCAAAACUACAACCAGAGCAAAAAGGGUUCUUCAUCUUAGUUCACCCAAGCCAGACUGUGUCACACUCAGAAAAACCUCUAAUCCAUAAAAUCGUCCCUUUACUGUUCUGGAUGACCGGAGAGAACACGCAAAGACAACAUUGGUCUAACAACUAACAAAAUAAGUAGCCUUUGAAGUCUUGCACUGAAAACCUCGAUUUGGUGACUCUUCAUGUCCACAGUGCUUCCGAUAAACUCUCAAACUGAUUGCUAUAUUGUAGUGUUAGCUGGCCUAACAGGAAUCAUGCUGUUUCCAUUCUGUCAUUAGUUACCCUGCCCUCCCCCAAGAGGCAGGCCUAAGGCUACGUUCAUCCAAGAGCACACUGGAUUGGCCCGGCUGCACCUCAGGGGCUGGAAAGGGAGGGUUAAAAGCCAUGAACUUAAAUGAUGAACAUAUCAGCUGCCCUAUCAUAGAGAGUUUUCUUUGUUAGUGAGCUGAGUUAAUGACAUGAAGCAGAGAGACUAACAGGUAAACUGGCAAACUUGCACCAUAAAAGCUAUGUAUGUUCUUUGUAAAGCAAGAUGGCCCAACCACAUGAGCUGGGAGGUUUCAGAAAGAUGGAUAGAUGCCUUGCUCAUUUGUCAAUCAGCAGACGUUUCUAACAUCCAGCCAAAGCUCAAGCAUGCUGUGAGUCUAGUUUGUGUUAAAUUUCCUACCUCAGAUUUCCUUGGUUUCUUUUUCCACCCAAGCAUGAAUUCAGAAUGAUUAUACCUUCUGCUUAAGCGCUCGUGUUGUGUAAAUGUAAAAGUUUGCCAGUUUAUAAUGACCAGCCGAAUGCGCCAUCAGUCUAUGUACAGUACAAUAUGCAAACACUAGUUAGAAGAAAUGAAUGAAUGAAUGCUUCAGUCUUAUGGUUGUGACAAAUUCAGGUCUGAUGCUUUUAAUGUGUGUUUGUACCUGUUUUGCCUGUUGAGUUGAACAGUUUUGUCUACAAAAAGAGGAUGAUGACUGGAUCAUGUAGGUUUACUUUACCCCAGAAGGAGGGAUGUAAAUUUAGAGGUACCUUGAGUGAAACUUGGCAGCUCAAACACUUCAGAUUGUAGACUGUAAUCGAGAAAGGGCCAUUAUAAAGACAGAAGAAACAUUUGUGAAAAAGA